UGUCGGGCGGCGCAAAUCACCUACGGGUUGAGGGAUGGUUUCCAAGAGCCUGGUUCCUGAUGAUCGCUGGAGAUAGUCACUAGUUUCUUGCUUCGCCACGGAUUGGGCUAAGCGUCUACUUAAUGCUGAAUCCUGCGCAAGUCAGUUACACUUUUAGUCCUUGGUUACCGGCACGUCCGAUGUCGUCAAUUCGACACUAAUUUUCGGUUUUCGCACUACUGUCCAAUUACCACGGAUCGGGUUUUGUCACUAGAUUGUCUUCCAAAAACUAGCACUGCACGUAGAGUGUUCCGUACGACUGCGCCACAAAUGUACGGGACUUCACAUCUGACUUUUUAAAAAGAAAUCUUUUUCUUCACUUAUGAACACUAAGUCCCGAAUUUUAUUAAUCAUUCAUUUUUCACUUGCUACAUAAGUCUUUCCUACGGCUGAAGGCCACACUUUUCUAUCAGACUUCACUUAGAACUUGCUACAUAAGUUUUCCUACGGCUGAAGGCCACACUUUUCUAUCAGACUUCACUUAGAACUUCUAACUGCUCGCACUCAAGGUUUUCUACUAACUGACUGGCUUCGACCACCUGGGCUGAGGGCGCACCUGCGUCCUCCGGUGGGGCUCGAUGAGAAUCUUGCUGGCAUCAGCGAAAGGCCAUCGGAUGAUGUUGGCCUGGAUUGCGUCGAUCGAAGUAUUGGUGACCGUUGCCGUUCCAGGGCCAUUGACACGCGUCGCUCGGGGCUUCGAUGUUGCCAACGGUCGGUCCUCAUGGUGGAUUGCUGACUGCGUUGUCAGCAACUGUAUGCUCGUCGUCCAAAGUUCGUUGUCGCCAAGAGUUGGUGUUCAUGGCGGUUUGCCAAGUGCCUGGUCAGCAUCUAGUCCACGAUGGUAGAGACCGUAUAUCGUGGGUAGAGCUUAGGGAUGUCCAUAACUGUAUAUCUCCGUAUUUUCUAUGCCUUUCCUUAUUAGAGGAACACAGAUCAGAUCCAGAGGAUGCACAUCAGACAUAUAAAGUACCUUAUAAUUUCGAUGCUUGUUAAACGAAUGCCUACGGCUUUCGGCUGCGAAUAUUUCAUGCUGCUUUUCGGGUCACUUUACCUUCUGGCAUGCCUAGCUAUUUUUCUUUACCAAACACGCGUUGCAGCUUUCCGUUUCCACACCCAUAUUUGCAUGCGAAAACGUUAGUCAGUAAACCAAGGUGAACUACAGGUGAUGUUUACCAACUCCCGGAAGGUAGAGUACUCGGUGGGUAACUCAUCGGAAACCCGCGCUCGAAAUGUCUCCACGUGGGGAGCAUGCGCGCACCGGAAAACAAAUGAACUGGGUUACCAUCUGCGGGAGAUACCAGUAGUUCGCACGAAGAAGGCAACAAGUGUAAUGCUUGGAAUUUCAACAAUUCAGUUCACUAGGAACGGUAUCGCGUGGCAGACGGCACUCCGGAGAGCACAGGAAAUACCUAUCGACACCCGUUGUCGCUACCAUCUGUCUGUGCAUGGUGCUGUCUCUCUGAUCCCAGGAUAUGGCUAUAUAGAACGUUAAUAUUUAAUCAGUAGAUUGGAUCAGUGGAAGACGCAACGCCACACAAUGGUGGACGGGCGCCCGACGACGGUAUCUAAUACCCACGGAUUGAACUGUUGUGGAGCAGUGUUAUCGAUUUUGUGUUCGGUGUUAAACUGAAUCUUCCGGUGCGGUUGAUUGAAGUGCUGUUAUCCAGAUUGUGUAAUUAGAAUUAGGUGUCGCUGUACAUUGACCUGACAAUGUUGAAAACAACAUACGUGGCAUGUAAAUCACCAGCUGGAUGCAUGUAGUACAUCCCAUCUAGUGCAUUCGCGGAAAGGUGAGCGAAUUACCACGUUCAACUAAUUAUCAUAUUGUCCUACAAUAAUAGUGUGCGAGACGAGUGAGGGAAACGUUUUCAGCUGCUGUCUGUAAAAUGGUGUUGUAGGUAGUUACUAGUUCUGCAGCCUACGAGAGCUGAAUGUUAAUUAAUUCGGAUGCUGGCAUUAGGCAAACUGCUGUUGUUCUGCAGGACAACUGUUUCAGUAUAACAGGUUAAUCCCCAACUGAAUAGUACAAACAAAAUCCCCCUUACGAACCCAACCGAGCACAUAGCCAUCAAUAUGUUGCUCUUGCUUGAGUAGUUCCUAGAAGUGGACUGUUAUCGCUUGGGUUCAUCGUAUAAGUCGCCGCCGCAGUCACCACCCAGCAGAAAAAAGAAAAUAAUAUGAAACUACUGAACGGUGUCCUGCAUGGGGCCCAAGCCGAGCAAGACGAAGACGGAUCCGGCGGCCAAUCCUGGGCGCCACUGCAAGUGAUAGUAUACGUUUCGAUCUCGUUUCUGAUAGUGUCCCUGCUGGGGUUGCUCAUCUACAUCACAUGCUCCAAACGGUACCGGCUGAAUUGGUUCGAGAAAAACCUGCUGGAGACGGCCAAGGAGAGGGAGGCUUACGGCCAACGAAAUGAAAGCCAAAUUAGUUGCCCUAUCCCGUACAACGUGGACGCCGUUGCUGGGACAUCGCGGUAUUUGAAUCGGAACACCGGCAGCCCAUUGGCAAAAACGGACGACCCACCCUUCUGGGCAUCUCAAGGACUCUACAAAACCACCCACACCAACGGUCAGCUUAUAGACUCUUCUGACGAGGAGCCCCCGGAGGACAGUGCCGAUUCAUCGAGCAGCUGUAAAUCUGUUAUAGCGGCCGGGUCGGUACCCAUUGCGCGCACCGAUAAGCACGUUGUUCUAAGCGUCACGAGCCCGGCAAAACCGACCACAUCGACGGUGAAGGCGAAAAACAACCAACCGAAGUCGGUGGAUGCUUCCGGUGGGGAGGACACACUUGAUACAUCCGCCUCCGGUGGUGCCGCUGCCGGUGGAAUUAGCGCUAGCUCUUCCGUAAAACUUGAACUCGGCGAUGACUCCCGAGGAGCAAUCCACCUAACGCUCAACUACGAUCCCAGUGCGGGGAUUUUGAAUGUUAAACUCAUUGAGGCUCAGGACCUGCAACCGCGAGACUUCAGUGGCACGGCGGAUCCGUACGCAAAGAUAAGACUGCUCCCAGAUCGCAAUAACAUGUGGCAAACUAGGAUACACAAGAAAACGUUAAACCCAGUGUUCGACGAAGACUUUGUCUUCGAAGUUCGACCGGCCACCAUCGGCCGCCGUACGCUUGAAGUGCUGUUGUUUGACUUUGAUGCCUAUUCCCGCCACGUGGUCAUCGGUGGAGCACAACUUGCGCUGGCGCAUGUUGAUCUUUCCGAUCGUUUGGAUAUCUGGCGACCGUUGGGACCCUGCACCGAAACUGACUCAAAACAGGACCUUGGUGACGUCAUGGUUUCCCUAUCAUAUCUUCCCUCAGUCGAGAAGCUAACCGUAGUCAUUAUAAAGGCAAGAAAUUUACGUAUCGUUGAUGAAACCCGGGGCUCAUCGGAUCCGUACGUGAAAAUAUCGCUGCACAACCUGGAUGGAAAGCGUCUCAAAAAGCGUAAAACAACCGUAGCCAGAAAUACGGUUGCACCCGUUUACAAUGAAGCACUGACCUUUGACAUAGCCAAGGAGACGCUUAAAAAUUGUUCCAUCGAGUUGCAGGUUCGUCACGAUAGUCUGCUGGGCAAGAACGAAGUGCUCGGAUGCGCUACCAUCGGAAAUGGACCGGAUGUCAGACCGGAGGAUCGAGCUUUCUUCGACGAACUGUUUCGCAAUCGGUCUGCCACAGCUCAAUGGAUUGCACUCUCCGAUUGGAAGGCAGCCAAAUCAGCGGCAGGCAAAUGAAUGGAGAUGCCGUGUUUCACUCAGUAUAGCUACAACUUCUAAAGCAAACGUCCAAUGUACCUUAAUCUAUUGCUAGUUGUUAAUCGUAGGACAGCAAUCCAGAAAUUUAUUGCAUUGUUGAAUGUUUCCAAACGUUGCUGUAUCUAUUGAUGUUGUAUGUCUGUUGUGAGCAGAAGAUGAUGAUAAAAGGCCCCACUCUUCUUUAAGUUCGAUAUCAUGAGUAACGAUAUUUACUGUAGAUUAUACAUUCUAAACUUAUACACCACCCUUAGUGUAUACUGUAGCAUGAUUCCUAUUUAAAAAGAAUUAUUUACUUUUAACUUUCCGACUUUGUACAGCGCAUCAAAGCUAUUGAAAAGACCUCAAAACUAUGAUGUAGAAUAUUACAAUUUAGACACACCAAGGAAUGCAAGGGAUAAACAAAUGGAAAGGUUUUAUCGAUUUGUGGCAGUACUAUCUAAUCCAAAAUAUAAGAUUAGCUGCGUCUAAAACAUACGUAGAAUAUCACAACACAAAUACAUAUACAAAUUAUGAUGAUAUCUCUGAAUAUUUAUCUAGUGUUAUUAAAGUGCAAAUAUAUACCAA